UCUGUGAAUGGUCAAAGAACAAAGACACAAAGCAGGAAUCAAUCAUUAUUUAAAAAAUUAAUACAGAAAAGUCAAACAAAACAAAUGCUUCGCACGAGCGUGUCAAUUAUUCGAAGUGUUUCUGCAUUUGCGAAACAAGCAACCAGUCGAGCGGUACACACGACAUUCUACGCGAUGGCUCCAGUCAAGGUCGGGGACAAGUUGCCGGCAGUGGAUCUGUUCGAGGAUUCUCCAGCUAACAAAGUGAAUGUAUGCGAUUUGACGAGUGGGAAGAAGGUCGUGCUGUUCGCGGUGCCCGGCGCCUUCACUCCCGGAUGUUCCAAGACUCAUUUGCCGGGUUACGUGCAGAAUGCUGACAAGUUGAAGGCCGAGGGGGUUUCCGAGAUUGUUUGUGUGUCUGUGAAUGACCCCUAUGUGAUGGCUGCUUGGGGAGCACAACAUAACACUAAGGGAAAGGUCCGCAUGCUAGCAGAUCCCAGUGGAAACUUCAUCAAGGCAUUAGACCUUGGUACCAAUCUGCCACCGCUCGGCGGAUUCCGCUCUAAAAGAUUUUCAAUGGUCAUCAAUGACAGUACAAUUCAGGAACUGAAUGUAGAACCAGAUGGAACAGGACUGUCCUGCUCACUCGCUGAUAAGAUUAAAGUGAAGUAAAUACUUUAAUAAUUUAAAAAACUUCAAAUCUCAGUUAAAAUGUGAUUCCCAUGCCUAGCUUUACGCAGAUCUUAGACUGUCUGAGUACCCCUUGUGAUAAUGCUUUUAUGGAAUUAUACUAUGAAUACUUUAAUUUUUAACGUUCA